GGUUAGAGCUUUCGUACAAAUUGGUAACUUAAAAUGGGCAGAUUUAUGGCGAAUCUAAAGGAUAAUAUCACAGCGGAGCGUGUGGCCAUUUUCUUUGGCCUGCUGUCCACUUGCCUGGCCGUGGCCCUGGUCAUUGUUGUGGUGCAUAGGGACAAUCUGAUGCUGCAGCUGUCGGAGGCCCGAGAGAAACUCGAUGUGCUGGAGGAUUAUAUACAGACCAAUGUGCUGUCCGAUCCAACAGAACAGUUUGAGGCGCACUUGCGCAGCGAAUUCUGAACUAUUUAACAAACUGUUCCCAAACAUGGUUUACUAAUAAAGAAAACGGUUACAGGCCAAUUACUUACGGGA